CCUGAGGCACCAUUGCAGCGCCUGUGCCCCCCACCCACAGCAUUGCACAAAGCAGCAACACCCAGAGAGGAAGAAGCAGGAGGGAGAUACCCGCUGGCACCCAGAAGUAUUUAAGCACCCCCCCCAUCCUGAGCGGCCCCACAGGAGGUGGCAGUGACCUGCUCUGCACCAGCAUGGUCACGGUUGGGCUCUUCAUCCUUAGCCUGGGAGGCUCCAUCCUGCUCCUGGCCCCAGCAGGCACCCAGGGGAGCCGGAUCAUCGGGGGAAAGGUGGUGCCCCCCCACUCCCGGCCCUUCAUCGCCUCCAUCCAGAUGGACGGGCAGCACGUGUGUGGGGGCUUCCUGGUGUGGCCCAAGUGGGUGAUGACAGCAGCCCACUGCCUCAUUCCCCGGCGCAACCCCUCGGUGCGCGUGGUGCUGGGCGCCCACCGGCUGCAGGAGCCCGAGGGGUCCCAGCAGGUCUUCAGCAUCGCCGAGUCCAUCGCCCACCCGCACUAUAACCCCCGCUCGGUGGACAACGACAUCCGCAUGCUCAAGCUCAACAGGUCGGCCACGCUGAACCGGUACGUGAAGCGGAUCCGCCUGCCCCCUCCGCACAUCGACCUGAAGCCCGGCACCGUCUGCUUCGUGCUGGGCUGGGGGGACACGUCCAACUACGGCGACCGGCCCACCGAGCUCAUGGAGACCGGCACCACCAUCGUCAAGCGGAGCCUGUGCCGGACGCUGUGGCGAGGCAAGGUCUCAUCCAACAUGAUGUGCGGGGCGAGCCGCAACGCCACGCUGCAGGGUGUCUGCGCGGGGGACUCCGGGGGACCCCUGAUCUUCAAGAACAAGGUUUACGGCAUCGUCUCGUUCUCCGGGCAGAGGUGUGGGGACCGCCGGUACCCCGACAUCUACACCAAGAUCUCCAACUACAUCGACUGGGUGCAUCGCACCGUGCAAGGGCAUUGCCAUCAGAAGGGCGGCUGAAGCCCUAGUGGGGCUGAGAGGGGGCCUGGGGCCGUGGGGAAAGCUGCUUGGCAGCUCCUGGGAGGGGAGAAGAGCACCAGGACUCCCAGGUCCCCUGUCCCAAGGGGGUUUGGGAGCUGAUGCUCAGCCUGAGUCUGCCUGUUGGGGAUGGGAGCCCGGCUGCCCCAGCCCCAGCACCUCACUCGGCCUCUUGCAGCUGCGAAUUUGCCUUCCUCAAUAAAACCCUG